UUCUACGACGCUUACCAUGACUACUAGCCUCAUUCACGCCGCAGAGGCAUGGGAUAUGCCUCGAUGAUAUCUGAAGCAGGGGAUGGAUACAACGUAUAUAACGACGUCGACAACACAAAGAUUUGACAUUAUCUCUACUGUGUAUGCAUCUUCUAUUCAGCACGACUUGGAACCAGCAAAUACAACUAUUUCACUUCUUCAAGCAUCUUUAUAUCAAAGAAUAUUAGCGAUUCGUCCACGAUGAGGGUGACCUCGCCACUAUGGUUAUUGUAUGGCUCCCUCAGCAUUGUUCAAGUGUCCGCGUCGUCGGACGAGAAUGUUAGGGCAUCAAUGGCGAAGAGUGGUCAUUGCCCCUAUUUUUAUGAGGGAGCACGAAGUUGGGAUCCCUUGGACACGUGUAACACAUACUGUGACAAUCAUGGCGGCCACGGCUACGCUGAGUGUGAUCGAAGCGCGUAUAACGACUUCAAUUUCGACGGGUAUAGAAGCUAUACGAAAGACGAAAAGGGUAACAAGUAUGUACCAGCGACGUGCAAAUGCCAAAACGAGGUUGUUGAAGCGUUCAGCAACGAGUUGAUCGAUUUCAUAGCCAGAGGCUUAGAGAAACUUGACGAUGUUCUAUGCCAAGUCGUGCUGAGUGCUGUCGACUUUCUCAUCGAAGGGGCCAUCACGGCUCUUCCAGGGGGCCAGAUUGUCAGAGGAGCUUCGUGGGCUGUUAAAGCGGCUAAAUCUGUUGCUGAGAAUGGUAUGACCGCAACCGACCUUUUUGGCGGUUGGGUCUCCCAGGCUUGCAAGCCGGCGGAGCCCAUGAACAUAGACCUACUUGGCUCAACGGUAUAUCCUAAGCUUCUUGACGCACCCGACGCGGAAUUCGGUGCCAGCGUUGGAUGUGUAAAGAAGAAGGGGUCCUGCAAGCAACCUGACAAGAAGCCCCCUGCCAACAAGGAUGGCGGGAAACCUACGGGUAACAAGGAUGACACGAAGCCUACGCCUACAAAUAAGCCCUCAGAAACGAACAAACAGGCAACACAGACGGCCGACCGUACGAAGCAGGUGACCGACCCUCCCAAAACUAAUACAGGGACCAAGGAACCAACCAGGACGAACCAGUCUAGCGCAUCCAAGACAGCUAGUAGCGACAAAGAGAGCGAGACCGAUUGUGCACCAUGCCGUAGUCAGAAGGUCAAGAAAGAUGCUUUGGAGGCUAGAUGGGGGAUGAUGUAUGGACGGGCCGGCCCCCAGUGUGCCGUGGUCGAGGAGGACGACCCGGAAGCCUGCAACAUCGAUGAUGGGAAGUCCCUCAAUGCCAGAGGCAAAAAAAAGGGCUCAGGCAAAGAAAACGCAGUCGAAUUAGUAUCGAAAUUUACCAUCAGUUUUGGUAAAUACGCUCCCUGCGCCAAAGCCAUGCGGGAACCAGAAAUCGCCAAGGCAUUCCUGAUCAAGAACGAUGAAUGCAAGACUACUGGCAUUCGGCAGAUUGACCCCUUGUCUAAGGACCCUAGGGUUAUAAGUAAUUUCCCCACAAUGAACACUUACAAGUACCAUACCGAACAUGUAUUCGAAGCACAGACAAUCUCUCAGUUCUACGUAUGGCUGGCUGACGGCAAUGACGUUGGAACCCACAAGAAACCAAGCAAAGACUGGGUCGAAAAGGUGCUUGCGAAGCAGGACCCUAAGAACUUCAUGAUCAAGAGCGUGGGCAGAAGCCCGGGCAAGCUGGGAACCCAGACGAAUGGGGAUUACUUACAGACAGUGAUAGCAUAUGGCUUUGGGAGAUCCGACGGCGCAGAGGGGUACUACCGUAGGGAGAAGGCGGUGGCACAGAAAGACCUUGCUGUCCUUCAGGCUAGCAUCAACUCGAAGAAGGGAAAGUUCUUUGAGAAAGGCAUCAUGCCACAAAGCUUCAGGGCAAAAUACAAUAAAGACGUUCAAUCGGCACGGAAUGAAGUCCGAGAGGCCGUUGCGGUGUUCCGGUACUUGGGGAAGCACAUCGAGUCGCCCACCAAAGACUCCAUCUGGAACAAGUAUAUGCGCGUGUCUAACUGGAUCGACCACACCAUGCACGAGUUCGACAAGCAGUACCCCUGGGGCGACAAGAACAACCACCCGGGCGAGCCCCAGCGCACGGGGCAGAACGCGAAGCUGAAACCCUCGCUGCGCGCGCUCUAUGCCGAGUUUAUAGACCGCGAGCUCGAGCGGAUCGAGAAGGUGGCAGAGCAGUGGUCCAACGAAGUCAAGACCAACUACCCGAAAAUCAACAACCACGACAAGGAGAAGGACCACAAGGAGUGGAUGAAAGCAGCGUUCGGCGGCCCCAAGGGCAAGGGGUUCGCCACCCCCGACAGGUUGAAGCUCCCGCGCCCGAAUGUCGGACCUAAUGUCAGCAAGUUCGGAGCUUGGGGCUACGAGGACAUGACCUUUGAUGCUGCUGGGAAGAAGCUGCAGCCCUACAUUGGACCCCCGCCGCCGCUAUAGAGAAUAUUCGGCAACGUGUGUGCUUAUGCACGAUAUAUGUGUUGAAUAUGUCAUACGAUUUCCUAGGUUAUUUACAUGUACUUAGGUAUAGAUAGAUUACUGUUAUCAUGGUGGUUGUAUAUAGUUGGGGUAAAUAGGGGU